AUGCCGUGGAAGCUUGUUGACGUUGAUGCUGUGAAGGUACUGAACAGGGACGGGGCACAAGGAACACGAGAAUUUUUUGCAGAAAUUUUGAUGUUAAGUAUGGUUCAACACCCAAACCUUGUGAGGCUCAUUGGCUAUUGUGCAGAUGACCAUUAUAGGAUUUUGGUUUAUGAAUUCCUGGCCAAUGGGAGUUUGGAAAAUCAGCUUCUAGACAUAGGUGAAGGUAAGGAGCCUUUAGAUUGGAAGACCAGGAUGAAAAUAGCUAAAGGACUUGAAUAUUUGCAUAGCAGUGAAGAUACACCUAUCAUAUACCGUGAUUUCAAAUCAUCUAAUAUAGUGUUAGAUGAUAACUUUAACGCAAUCAGAGGCUUCAUUGGCAGGAAAAGUAUGUGGUAA